UUGACAGAUUGUUCAUCUGAAGCUGAAAUCUUGAAUUUUAAAAACAUAUUUUUACUUAUAGAGAUUUGACAUUUAAAAAAUGACAUUUUUUGCAGUAAUGCUGGACAUCUUUGGAAUCACCAUGGCGAUGGCCACCAGGGGGAGCGAAGCACGAGUUGUGAGCGGUCAGACGGUGUGUUUGGAUGGUCUGGAGCGGUCGUGCUAUAAGAUUGCAUACUUCCAUGACGUGUCAAGCCGCAUUGCAUUCUGGGAGGCGUUUCAGGCCUGUGAGAUGGACGGUGGUUCACUGCUCAGCAUCGAGAGUCUCACUGAGCAGAAAGACAUCGAAAACUUACUGCAGACUAUCCAGAGACAGAAACUGGACAACCACACAGCUCCCCACCCCAUGUCUGAGGUGGACAGCGGAGCCCCUCACCCCGUGUCCGAGGUGGACAGCGGAGCCCCUCACCCCUGUGUUGAGGUGGACAGCGGAGCCCCUCACCCCCGUGUCUGA